GUUAAAUUGCGGCGGCUGCGCUCCGUUCGCUUCAGUUCGACAUCACCUCGACGACGGAGCCAUGGCGCCCGAGUGGAACUCCUCUCUCUGGAUGGAUGUGUUCGACGAGCUGCUGGACACGGAACUGGACAAUGACGACCAGUGGGCCUUCACCUUCAACUACGGGAUGGAACCAAAGCUGACAGAGCAGGAGAAACGGCGGGGCUGGAAAACAUGCCAGCGGAGUAUUCAAGCCGAGUUCACCUGCUCGAACUGCUCAAAAUGGUGGCCGUCGGGCCGAAGUACAAUUCUGUUCCGCUACAGACUGCAGUCCAAUGGCUCUGGAACGAUCAUCAUGAGGCCACUGAAGCAGGCAUGUCGUAAAUGCCAAGGACAGUAUGAACUCCCUGGCUUUCGUGAGGAAACUGUCCGAAUCUGCCUUCUUGUUUUAAUUUCAAAAAUUAAGAGAAACUGCUAUGGUGAUAAAAGUUCAAACGGCAACAAGGACAAGUGUGUCAAACCUGUCUGGACAAAGCCACACGAGGUGUCCUUCUGUGAAGCGUGCCGGCUUGGCAUCUGCUGCCAAGAUAAAUAAGGAUUGUAACAUUUGUAAAAACUUGUUCAAGUGCCAAC